AUGCCUGCUCCAACGAGUGGUGGCAAGACGAGCAUGGUUUCGCCGGACAACGACCCCAGACUUAUUGAGGAUGGCCCUCCGCUGCAUGAUUCACCCUCUAAUCGCCACAGACAUCCGUUGGACGACGAUUCUGACCCAGAAGAGGCCGACAUAGAGGAGCAUUUGCACCGAGGACCCAGUGGCUUUGUUCUCCAUCGCACGAUAUGGGACAACCAGAGACCUGGACAGGGUGCUUCCCCCAACGCUCGCCAACCGACGGACCCGGCCGACGGCGACCAGAUUAUCAGGCGCUUCAUUGAUAUGGUCAAUGAGUUUGGUAUGGGCAUGCCUCCUCGCCCGCCGCCAGACGAGACCCGGCCGCCCCCUGGAUUUGGCGGUGGUCUAUUUGGAGGCCCAGGCAAUGUGCGCACCUACUACAGAGAAGGCCGUGGAGGAACUACAAGCUUCACAAUCGCUACUGGACCGAUCCAUAUCCAUCAAGGCGGCAACCGAUCCCCCGUCGGGCCUGGAGCCGACCCCUUCCAAUCGUAUGUUCGCCAAAGUCCCCGUGGCCACCCCACCAAUGGACCUCGAGUCACCAUGAUAUCCAUCAGAUCCAAUGCUAAUCAGCUUCCCAGUAUCUUCAGCAGUGUUCUGGCAGGAGCAGGACCCCCGACCCCGGGCGGACCUCCCAGUCCUGGUCAAGGACAGCGUGCGGCCGGUGGAGCGCCCACACUUCUCCAUGAGAUUCUCAACAUGCUCAACCCGGCGAACGCUAGCCAUGGAGAUGCUGUGUACACUCAGGAAGCCUUGGAUCGGAUAAUAUCCACCUUGAUGGAGCAAAACCCUCAGUCGAACGCGGCACCUCCAGCUACCGAGGACGCUCUCAGCAAGCUGGAGCGCAAGAAGGUCGACGAGAAGAUGCUGGGACCAGAGGGCAAGGCUGAGUGCACAAUUUGCAUCGACGACUUCAGUCUCGGUGAUGAUGCUACAGUUCUACCCUGCAAGCACUGGUUUCAUGAUCAGUGUGUUGUGAUGUGGUUGAAGGAGCACAAUACCUGCCCGAUCUGCCGCACGCCCAUUGAGGAGUCGAGCAACAACAAUGCCAACAGCAGUGCGAGCAACGCUAACAACAGCGGCAACAACGCUUCCCAGCGUUCUCCUGAUGCUGCCCCAGGUUCAUCUGGCAGCAACCAGAACCCCGCAUACUGGGACGAUGCGCCUCCUGGGAUCCCCGGUCAUUGGGGAGCGCAGACGUUUGGUAGCCGCCCAGUCUUCUUCGGUGGACUCGGUCCACCUCCAGUACCGGCGGACUCGACGCGUCCGGAGCGAUCCGCGGCUACCGAUUGGGAUGCCGAGACAUCAAUCCUCAGCGCCCUCAGGAGACAAGCCGAAUGUCUAGCUUCCGGUCCCGCCGGGAUUCUCAUUCGCCUCCUAGCCUACGUCGGCAUCAGUCCGAUUCAUUCAGAGCUCGACACAGAAGCCCGUCUUCAGGAAACUGGGAGAGAAAUCAAGACAAUAACAAUCAAGAUGGCGGAUCCAGUCACGGACCCUUCAACUGGUUGA